AUGUACAAAACAGCAUCAAAGUCCCAUCGCCCUCCAAGAACCAAAACCUGGCAAUCCUGCAGCAGCCUGGACUCCCCGCAGCAGCCUGGACUCCCCGCAGCAGCCUGGACUCCCCGCCAGCAGCCUGGACUCCCCGCAGCAGCCUGGACUCCCCGCAGCAGCCUGGACUCCCCGCAGCAGCCUGGACUCCCCGCAGCAGCCUGGACUCCCCGCAGCAGCCUGGACUCCCCGCAGCAGCCUGGACUCCCCGCAGCAGCCUGGACUCCCCGCAGCAGCCUGGACUCCCCGCAGCAGCCUGGACUCCCCGCAGCAGCCUGGACUCCCCGCAGCAGCCUGGACUCCCCGCAGCAGCCUGGACUCCCCGCAGCAGCCUGGACUCCCUGCAGCAGCCUGGACUCCCCGCAGCAGGUGGACGACAAGCGGAAAACUGGAGCACAGGAAAUCCUCAGAACGUCCUGA